UCAUGGAGGACGCUACAGAACGGACCGCUCUGCUAUCGGGGAGCCCGAAACCAGCGGCGAACGGCUCUCUGUCGGCGGGACGGAACGGAUCCCCCGCCCGCCCGAAUGGCCGAGGCUCCCCGGUGCCUGUGGCCGUAGGGGACCGGGAUCGGAUCACGCUAAGAUGGGCGGAUAUACACGUGAGCGCGCCGGCAAGGGGUGGUGGGUGCUGCCGUAAGGCUAAGCCGGAAGACUUGGAGCCGAUUCAUAUCCUCAAGGGUGUGAGUGGGACUGUGGAACCGGGAACGUUGUUGGCCAUCAUGGGAGCCAGCGGCGCAGGCAAGUCCACCUUACUGAACGUGCUGACUUACCGGAACAGGGGAAACCUGUCGGUGGAGGGCACCGUGGAGGUGAACGGUCAGCCAAUCGGAAAGGACAUCACCGCCGUGUCUGCUUACGUGCAGCAGGACGACCUGUUCAUUGGUGUUCUCACGGUCAGGGAACAUCUCAGGUUCCAGGCCCGACUCCGGAUGGACAAACACAUUCCACAUGACGUCAGAAUGGCGCGCGUCGAGGAAGUCAUCAUACAGAUGGGUCUGUCUAAAUGUGCGGACACGAAGAUCGGGACGCCCGGUCGGAAAAAGGGCAUCUCAGGGGGAGAGAUGAAGCGACUCGCCUUCGCCUCGGAGGUCCUAACCAACCCGCCCCUGAUGUUCUGUGACGAGCCCACCUCAGGCCUUGACGCCUUCAUGGCCGAGAGCGUGGUGAACACACUACAGGGUGUGGCAAACCAGGGGAGAACUAUCCUCUGUACCAUCCACCAACCUUCAUCCGAAACAUACGCCCUGUUCGACCAAGUGUUGAUCAUGGCAGAAGGCCGCGUGGCGUACAUGGGACCAACCAGCGAAGUCAUCGACUUCUUUGGCAGUGUGGGUUACGCCUGUCCUCCAGCCUUCAACCCAGCCGACUUCUUUAUCCAAACUCUUGCCAUCCGACCCGGGAAGGAGGAGAAAUCACGAGACAGAGUGGAGAAAAUCUGUGACCAGUUCCAGGAAGUCAGGGAAAACAAGGAUUCAAAGAAGCAACUUGCGGCCAACCAUGUGGACUACGGGGUUGUUGAGGAUUAUUCAUCGAGAUCUCGGUACAAGGCCUCCUGGCUACAACAGUUCCUGGCCAUGAUGUGGCGAUGUCAUCUCCAGAACACCCGGGACCCCAUGAUCAUGGGAGUCAGAACUGGACAGGCUAUCUUUGUAGGUUUGCUGGUUGGCAUCGUGUACCUGCAGAUUGAGUACAACCAGGACGGGAUCCUGAACAUCAACGGAGCACUCUUCCUCAUGCUGACUAACAUCGCAUUCUCUCAUAUCUUCUCUGUUAUCAACGUGUUCCCAGCUGAGUUACCCAUCUUCAGACGUGAACAUGGAAAUGGGAUGUACAGAACAGACGUCUACUUCCUCUGCAAAACUAUAGCCGAGUUGCCAUACUUCAUUGUCCUACCAUUGGGAUUUACAGCAAUCUGCUACUGGAUGGUUGGUCUGUAUGCUGGUUGGCAGGAGUUCCUGAUCUGUUACGCCAUCAUCACCAUCACAGCCAAUGUCUCAGUCUCUGCAGGUUACAUGGUAUCGACUAUCAGUCCGUCUGUUGAUGUUGCCAUGGCAAUAGCAGCCCCUAUGCUCAUCCCACUCAUGCUGUUUGGUGGGUUCUUCUUAAAAGCCAACUCAGUACCUGUGUAUUUCAUCUGGCUGGAGUAUAUUUCCUGGUUCAAGUACUCCAACGAACUGCUGUGCAUCAACCAGUGGUCACCAGUUGUCAAUAUCACUUGUACAGAAGGGAUUCCGUUCUGCCUGGAGACUGGGAAGGAUGUUCUGGCGAAUCUCAGCUACGAUGAGGACAACUUCUAUGUGGACCUGUAUGCACUGAUUGGUCUGAUGGUCGGGUUCCGUCUGCUGUCCUUCAUCUUCCUCCUCAUCAGGUCAUGGAAGGACUAAAGGUCAAGGUCACACAGGGGUCAAGGUCAUGGGGGGUCAAGGUCAAGAUUACAUAACAGGGCCAAGUACAAUAUUGGUUUAGUAGUCAUAUGGAGGAAGGCUGAGGUCAAAUUGUAACCUCAAGGACAAUUGAAGGGGUCAAGGUCAUAUGAGGACAGUCAAUGACAAUUGAAGGGGUCAAGGUCAUAUGAGGACAGUCAAUGUCACAUUCAGGAAGAUUGAUGUCAUGUAGAGGUAUAAGGUCAUAUGCAAUUUAUAAGACUUGGUGCAAUAAGGACCAAAAUGGGCCAUUCCUGGAAAGAUUUUCAGUAAGUUCAAUGUGUGUAUUUUGGAAUCAUACUUGUUGAAGUUAAUACUUUAGAAUGUUACUAUUUAGUUGAAUCCCAAUACAGCUACAAGCAGCUAAAAUGUUGAACUCAUACGGCAAUUCAAAGACCAACAGAAAUUAUGAUGCAAGUUUCAUAUUGUCUUUAUUUCAGAGUUUGAAACAGAUGCAUUGAUCAUGCAUGUAUUAUAGCAAAGCUUAGAAUGACCCAUGAACUACAUUUGUAAGGUGCUUCGGGCAAAAUGCAAUGAGAGGAAACUGGUUCCUGCAAAAACAAAAAAAGAAAGAAAACAAAAUAUGAAUCUCUUGUAACUAGACUUAGUCCAUUUUAUAUGUUUUUGUAACAAUGAUACUAACUCCCAAUGGUGCCUGGAACAUCUUUGUUACUCAACCUGGUUUUGAUUACCCACAAUAUAUGGAUUACCAUACACAGCAACAAUUGUAUAUGAAAAAAUAAAUAUAAAAAAACUUGUAUAUUUGUCUGGAUGCAUGAAUGUACCAUCUGUGCUGGUACAUUCCAUAAUAAAGUUUGUACUUGAAUUCA